UGCGCAUGUGCCGAUAACCCGGCCAAAUUAAAUUUGAGCUGUCAGAGUGUAUCAGUGUGAAGUUGCAGAUUCUGAAUUUUUCCGUCGUAAAAUAGCAAGAUUGUAGCAGGGCUUCGUAAGCGUACUACAAGAGGUGCUGACUAUAUUCUGGUAACAAUCAGCGUCCAAAUGACCGAGACUAACUCGCACGGCUGGUUCUCAAGUAUGAAGCGUCCGAGAUGCCACGGUGUAUCCAGAUCUAUUUUCCCAAACAUGUCAUAAAGCACUCGCUUUCCAUCAAAUUCUUCUUUCUAGUAAGCUGUUCGAGCCUCUUCCUAUCACUAGUUUGGAUACAGCUCUACUGUGAUACCGAAUCGUCCAGGGUCACUGCAAGUCUCGUAGAAGAAGCCCUCGAAAAUGUUUCCAAGGAUCUCCGUUAUUCGGAUGUUUAUAGGAAGACUAGCAAGCUACCGAAGUUCAUCAAGUAUAUCCUGCUAUGGACAAGGCAAGAUUUUGCUCCUUUUUAUUUCCUCGGGCAAGGUCAACGGGCUUUCCUCAAAAACAAUUGCUCGGUGAUAAAUUGCUACAUAACAACUGACAGGAAAUUCUUCGGUGGCGAUCUCACGAAGUUUGACGGGAUAGCGUUCAAUGGUCGAAAUAUGAAAAGUUCAGAUUUGCCGAGAAUCCGUACGGGAAAACAGAAAUAUGUGUUCUUCAACAUGGAGUCUGCGGAAAAUUUUCCCGUUUGCAGCGAAAAGUUCGAUGGGUUUUUCAAUUGGACAGCCACUUAUAGACUGGAUUCAGAUAUUCCGUUCCCAUAUAUACAAAUAAGAAAUAUUAAUGGUGAGAUCGUUGGUCCGAAGAAAGAAAUGGUAUGGGCGGACGACUUUUCGGAGAUUGAUGAAGAUCUGUCCUUGAAAAUUGCCAAUAAGACUAAAGCAGCUGCUUGGUUCGUCUCUAAUUGUAAGAGUAAAAGCGGACGAAAGAAAUUUGUGGAUGAUUUACAAAGGGCCUUAAAUCGAUUUAAAUAUUCUAUCGAUAUUUACGGAUCGUGUGGAAAGUUAAAAUGUCCAAGGGACAAGAAUAACGAUUGUCAUUCGCUGUUGGAAAAAGAUUACUAUUUUUAUUUAUCGUUAGAGAAUACGUUUGCGGAAGAUUAUGUCACAGAGAAGUUGUUAACUGCAUUACAGCAUGACGUAGUGCCGAUAGUGUAUGGCGGAGCGAAUUAUUCUAGGUUUCUUCCACCUGGCUCUUACAUCGACGGGAGAAGAUACAAGCCCGCUCAACUUGCGGAAAUUAUGAACAAACUCAUGAAAAAUCACAAGUUGUACGCCGAAUAUUUCCGUUGGAAGAAGCACUACACGUACCACGACCCUUCGGAGGUGGACAACGUUUGUGCUCUCUGUAAGGCAUUGAAUAACAAAAAAAUGGCCAGUCCCAAUACUUAUUAUCAGUUCAGGAAGUGGUGGCAUCCAGAAUUCAAGAGAUUGUGUUAGUUGACGUCGAAUGAUAGUAACACAAAACCGGGCAGUUCCGAUUUAAGAUAAAAAAUCGCCUCUAUACAAUUUCACCACGUGUGACGUCACUUGCAUCCAAAUCUGGUUUUUAACUGUGUGGCGGGUAGCCAUCAUACGACGCAAGAUAAUUGACAGAUGCCUGAAUCUCGCUUACGACAUUUUCAAGAUAAAGCGCAUAUAUACAAGUUCCGAACAACAACAUUCGGACCGUCGGUCUACCGAGCAAAUAUCACCCGCUCGGUGGAAGAUCUUUCCUUUCGUCGUAAACUCCCCAAAACUGGUGACCUGCGACGGAACAAUCGCAACCUUCUGAUUCAUCUUCAGCGCAUCAAGAACUCCGGCUACCACAAUCCCCGCAUUCUCGCAGAUAAAAGCACGUCAUUGACAGUCGUCCCACAGCAAGCCAGCAUCGCAGCCUCAACAGGACCAUCGCAGCCGACUCACCGCGCUUCCUGGUCCUACGGCACGCAACUUCACUGCCUCAUCACGCCGCAACAGUUCAUCGCAGCCCACGACCGGAUCAUCAACGCUUGGGGUCACACAUCUCCGGCGUGGCAGCUCUGCACACAUGGACUACUGGCGACACGCACGCAGCAUUCAAGCUCAGUCUCGACUCACCGCAGACUUCGAGCAGCACUGGCGACACGCACGCAGCAUUCAAGCUCAGCCUCGACUCACCGCAGGCUUCGAGCAGCACUGGCCCUUGCAAGCUAAUCUCAGCACGGACAACGCUAAUUAAAAAAAAAAUGACACGACCUUCAGUCUCGGAGGGGAGUGAUGUGGCGGGUAGCCAUCAUACGACGCAAGAUAAUUGACAGAUGCCUGAAUCUCGCUUACGACAUUUUCAAGAUAAAGCGCAUAUAUACAAGUUCCGAACAACAACAUUCGGACCGUCGGUCUACCGAGCAAAUAUCACCCGCUCGGUGGAAGAUCUUUCCUUUCGUCGUUAAGACUCCCAAAAACUGAUUGUCUUUAUGUGUUCUUUUGUUUAAUGACUACAGUUAUUUCUUUGUUUUUUUUGUUUGUGUUCGUGUCUGUUUACCUAUUAGUAUUUUUAUAGCGGUAUUCCUAGACCAAUGAUAGGUUGCAUAGCAAUUUUGAGGUCGUCUACUGAUGUCGGAGAUAAUGCGAUUUUGUGUUGCUAGUAAGUCACGAUUGUUUUCGUCAUAAAAUCUAACAAUAUUAUUAGCUACCGUCAUCCAUAGUAUAAAAAACAAUCAACAUAUCGACGCUUGAAAGGCAAACGUGACUAAGCGGUAAUGCGUGAACUUUACAGUAGACUAAUUUAAAGUUGAAAUACCUGAAAAAAAUCUAUUUUAACGAAUCUAGCUGUAGGAUUGAAAUGAUUUUAAUAGACCUAGAAAUAUAUAUUUUUUGCAUAUCGAAUAUGGUUAUUGCCUAUCAUUUAUGUACAAAGCAGUUAUUGUCGCUUAGUCACGUUAGCCUUUCAAGAGUCGAUAUAUAUUUCCGCCUUCAUUUUGAUAAACUGAUAUAUACACAUUCUAGAAGCUUCACGAUCGAGGAAUGUUUUCUUCUUCUUUCUUCAUCUUUCAGUUGCAAUAAACACCGAGUGAUCAAGCUUACUAUAUAUUUUGUCUCUUUCUAUCCUUUCUAUCCCAGGCCCGUUUUGAAUACAAAAUACGUGACGUCAUGUAAGGUUUUUUGUUUCUUUUUAAUCUCGCAUUUAUUUAGUAUAUAUUCUCAGUCAGACGUGAACAGAGAGAAUCGUAAUUCGUUAGGAAUGUCUUAAAGUUGUGAAAUUUACAAAACAAACGCGCAACUAAGCCAUAAAAGUCAUUGAUCUGGUCGUAAAACGACUCGCAGUCUCUCUAUUUACAAAUUUCUUUAAUAUUUGUAAUUUUUGUGGAAGUUUUUUUUUUUUUUUGUAAAUUUAAUGACUGGUGUGUGUGUUGCUUGCGAAUUUACUAUAAAACUCGUUUUUUUAGUAUCAUUUAUUUGUACUUAUGUUUUUAGUGUUUAAUAAGAAGAUAUUAAUUAUGCAAAUAAAAAUAUUAGAAAAUAGUUUUAAUACCAAAUUACUUCCAAAUACAUUUUCCGAAUAGUAUUAAAUACGAUAAGCUUCGAAUGUAGGGAACAAAAAUAUAUUGUUUUUAAAACUUGUGAUCGAUAAAUCUAACCAAUCAAUAAAAUCGUACAAUAAAUAUUAAUCGUUUGAAUAUUUAUUGUAUCAGUGAAUUAAAUAUGAUGGUUUGUAUUAAUUUCUUAUUGAAAACAGAUUCAGUUUGUGUAUGUGUAAUAGUUAGGAUUAAAGAUAACGAAAGGUUUGCCAUGUAAAAAAAAAUUGUAUAUUUUUGUAAUUAUAAAAUCGUAUGUAAUAAACCUUGUAUUGGUUUAUGUACCACGAUAAAAAAAAAUGAUACGGGUAACUUUCUUAUAACACGGUAUUUUACAACACGAAAAGAAUAAUAUCCCCUAAAUUCUCAGUACUUCUACAACGCGAUAACUAGAUUUUUUUUUAAAUUAUUUAGUAAAUUACAUUAUGCACUACGAACACACGAUAUAUAAGAAUAACCAAUUUAACUGCUUAUUUUUUAUGUAUAAUAGGUAAAAAUAUAGGCAUAGUUGAGAUGUUUCAUUCAGAAAAAAUACUGUCCUCUUUAUAAGCUGGCUUCUAGUUUUAUAUAACACGGUUUCGUACAACGCGGAACUUUGUAGGGAACGUAUCUACCGUGUUAUAGGUGGGUUACCAGUAUGUAGUAAUGUUAUAAAAAAAUAUUUGUUAUUCGUGUUGAUGCGAACAUAUAUUUAUUGCAUGAAUCUGUAUUUAAUGUUAAGUAAGCUUAUGAAUUUGUUUUGUAAUGGAACAUGCAUUAGCUUCUUCUUGAUGUGUUUUUCAAUCGACGCCCACAUAGUUAUUUAAAGGCCAUAGAAACAGUCAAAUUAACGUGGGAUGUAGACUAACUAGUUCGCGUAUCUAUGUUGAUAAAAAAGUUGUGUUGUGUUUUUAGUUUUCGUAAAUGCGUAAAAAUUCAAUUGCCGGCGUUUAUUUGCUAGAAUUAAAAUGAAAUUGUUAAAUUAAAAAAUUGAUACUUAUAUAGAGGAAAACAAUAAAGGUGAUAAUAUAUUGAAUAAUUGUUAUAUAGUAGUAACGACUAUUUUACGACAAAGAAAACUUAAUAUAAUAAUAUAAUACUUGCCUUAGAUGAUUUAAGCAAGAUGAAAAUUCAUUUAAAUUUAAAUUUAUAUUAUAUCAAAAAUCACUUUCUAAUUAUAAAAUACAUUAAUAAUUCCUUUCGUCGUUUCUUUCAAACUAUUAUAAAAUAUUCUUAUGUUGGACCGUAAGAUUUCGAUCUCCUAUACGGGGUAUUCAUGUCGAUAAAAAAAAAGUUUUUUAAUAUUUCGUUAAUCGAAUCAGAAUUGAAAGUGCUAAAAAAUCACAAGUCUUCGUCGGCGCGGGCAUACGCAGACAUAUUUUUGUCUUGCUCCAUUACCCUAGCGCAUAGUAUUGAUUUUUAGUUUUUGGUAGCUCUGUUUGUCUAUGACUUUACUUACAAUCAGAGUGAAUGUAGUCGCAAAAGGUUCUGACAAGUCUGUAAAGUUGGAUUUAAGGAAUAAUUUCCUAAAAAUUACUAAUCGAACGAAUAAUCUAGAUCAUGCAAACAUUGAGUGUGGACUACACGAGUAUAUGUAUGUAGUGUUUAAUAAAAUUCUGAAUAAAUUCUAAAUAAACUAUUUGAUAAAGACAAAAAAUACUGACAUACAUUAUCACAUUUAAAUGAACGUUCUGUGAACUGAUAACACCAAUGUAGCGAUCAUUUGUUUUUCCACAAAGCCGUUUCAACCAAUAUACCUACAUUUGCUUAAAUGCAAAUCGAAUUACUUUCAAUUUUAAUACAUUCUAUUGCGCUGAGUAUGUUACUAUUGUAAAUUAGUUGUUAGCAGAUAUACAAAUGUUUUAAUAAAUGUCACGAUUAUUAUUAUUGAUUGAAUAUUUUUUUUGUUAACUAUUUCAAAAUUAUACCUAGUAACAUAACAUAGGCUGAAUCGAUUAGAGGUGUCAUUUAAAAAAAAUAACGAGUAUUUUAAGCGAUAUCAUCGGAUGUUGAUUUAAUUUUAAAGAGGAGGGAAUAAAAAAUAAUUUUAGCCAAAUGGCCGCCUCAGCUACGCUGGCAGUAUGUACCAUUUAUUUAUUUAUUGCUUAGAUGGGUCGACGAGCUCACAGCCCACCUUGUAUUAAGUGGUCAUUGGAGCCCAUAGACAUCUACAACGUAAAUGCGCCACUCACCUUGAGAUAUUAUUUUUGUGAAAAUUUCGGUCGCACGUUUGUGGCUGCAUCGUCCACGAUAACUUCACGUAUUCCACCUUCGAGUCCUUCAAUCGAUUGUGGGCCAAUUACAUAAUAAUAUGGCAUAUGGCCAAUGGCAUAUACCUUAUCUUCAACGUAUCCCAAAAGAAGUCUAAAUGUGUUGAAUGUAUGAAGUAUCAUAACAUUGGUAUAAUAACGUUUAAAAAUAGGUAUAAUUUGGUCAUCGUUAACAUAAAAGUAGUUUGUGGACCUAGCCAUUUUUUUAGUGGUGUUACGGAUAUUUAUUAUACAUCUUUGGCGGUGGGUUCCACCAUCUUAAUUGUUUCCGCAGCUGGAGUCGUGCGGGGAAGAGGAGUCACGCUAAAGCAAUUGAAUAUGCAAUUUCGAAAAGGGCACAUCUCUGAAAAUGUAAAAUGUUCAGGAAAUUAAAAAAACUGAGUAUUUUCUAAAGCAGUGUAAAAUUUAAAUUAUUCACUUUUGAGAUAUACUUUAGUGUUAAUUAGCAAUUGCGAAUUACUGAAAUUAUUAUAAAAUGGGAGUAGGUAAACCUCAAAACUACAUGUAUAUGAAAAAACGUAUUUGACAAAAUAUGCGACAUGUGCCCUUUUCGAAAUUGCAUAUUCAAUUGAAAACCCAAUAUUAUUUAUGUUUAUGAUAUUAUAUAUUUAUAAAUUAUAUGAUAUAUUUAUGACUUAGUCGACAGCAAUAUUGACGUUUUGGUGUUUAUCAGUUCCGCUAAACCACACUUCCACUUUUUCCUGCUUAUGCUGGUAACCUCGAGGGGUUAUACCAGUUUUGCCGAGCGAGUAGGCGAGCUCACGGGGCUCAGCUCGGCGAAUUUGCUAACACUAGCCCUAGUAAGAGCAGUGCUUCGCAGAACCUACCACCGGUUCGGAAACGCGACCCACUGAGAAGAUCCGGCGAGAAAUUCAGUGGCCUGAACCACACGAUGGUCACCUGAGCUAAUGUAUCACUUAAAAAACAGUUGUAUUCCAAAAUUUAUGGAAUCUUAUUUUGUUAGUGAUUGCAUUGAUUUUGAAUUUGAAGUUACAAGUGUAAUUUGUGCACUCAAAUAAUUCGGUGAAUUAUUUUUAAUAUUUAUUUAUUGUUAAAUACAAAUUUAAUACAAGUCUGUAUUUAUUUUUCUAUUUAUAUAACUUUUCCUGUUGUUUAACGUAUAUUAAUGAUUAAAAACACAUUGAAUUAAUUAUAAUUACAGGGAAAAAACACUCCACGUUCUACAAAUUUGUAACAGUGUUGUUUUUAUGAAAAUUACCAGAUCGUGUCCUAAAUUAUUUGUAAAUAUUGUUUAACAGCUUUAGCAGGUAUAUUUUAGUAAUAAUAUUAGAAAUAUUAAAUAAAAUUUGCCUUAUCUCGUCGAAAUAUAAUUGUCGACUGUUGCAAAAUUAUAAUAUAUAAAUAAAUAUAUUCAUUUUAUAUGCAA